UAUGUGUAAUCACUUCUGUAUCACAACUGGCAUUUUUUUUUGAUCACUAGCCAUCCAUCAAAAUGUUAUCAAACAAAUUUGACUUUUCUUAGAAAGGCUAAGCAAGUGCAUUACUUGCACCCUUCUACUCUUGUAUGUGUGCAUAACAAGAGUUCAGGUGAGCUUUCCCAUUUGCUAUGUUCUUAAAAAAAAUAUAAUAUUUAACAGAAAUUAUAGAAUUAAAUCUCUGUUUAUCAUAACUUAUAUCGACUUGAUAUAUAAUAAAAAAUAUCUAUCUCAUAUGAUGAGGAAGCAGAAAGCAUGUGCCUGUACAUUUGAAAGUCACCAAUGUUAGAUACAAUGAAAAAGAAUGUCUGUCCAUAUGUGCAUGCUAGUCUCCAACAACCAAGUGGAUUAUGUUGGGUUAUCCCCAGUAGAUCAACUUAGCCCGAAGCAACAGGCAAGAGAUUUAAGUCAGAAUUCAUAUGUAAAACCUUAGGGUUGAGAGGCACAUGCUCAACUACUAGGCUACAACAUGGCUGAAUUUACUUAAAAGGUUUUUUUUUUGUUUUGGUCUUUUAUUAUUAAUCACGGCUUUGGUAAUUACCAGCAGGCUACUUGUGCAAUUACUAUGGAUAUAUUUAUACUAGCCACAACACAAAAACUAAUAAUUUGAGGUACAAAGCUAUGCUAUGUGAAUAAGUGUGUAUCACAUGAGGAUGUUGGCACCACCCUAAUAGAAACAUUUUUUUUUGUAUUAUUUAUAUCUUGGAACAGGGCUUAAAAAUCGCUCUCGUGUAUCAAUGAAUACUCCAACCAAUAUGUAAAAUCUCGUUCUGAAGCUGAAUUACAUAAUUUAAAACACUAAUCGCGUGAGGCUAGAAUGUUGUUUAAAAUCAUUACGAAUUGUUUUGUGUAUGUAGGUAUAUAUUUGAAAUUAGUUAAGGAUUGCUUAGUUCACGUGUUAUUCUAAAAUUGUUAAAAGCCUUGUCAUAGUGGAACUACUAUUCUUUAGGAUAAAAACAAAUAAAUAGAUUUUUUAUUUAAUAGGAAAAACUUCAACUAUCGAACUAAAGUGCAACAACGUACAUGAUAUAUUAAUAAGACUCGCUCAAACCACUAGGCUAACGCUGCUCUCCAAAGUAAAUAAGAUACUGGAAAUACCUACAAAUAACGUGUUUACCUAAUAUCUUAGAAAAUGACUUAUGAAUAACUCUAAUUGAUAAUGCAUUGCUUUAUAUUCGUUUCUUAAAUAAAUUGGUACUAUUAUCAUUCUAAUUUCCGAGAUCGUUACAAGUUAUUGCAUUUACAUCAGAAUUUAAAGGAAUUAAAUUUAAUUGUUGCAACAUUGGGUCGUGCGGUCACAGCGCUGCGUCUGUGGGACUUCUAAAACGUAAUAUGUGUGGUUACAAAGGUGUUAAUCAUCUGUGGUUACUCUUUUAAUAUAAAGCCCACGCCACAUUACCCGCAAAACAACACCAAACUUGCCGAAUAAUGGAGUGUAUAAAGAGUAUUCGUGUUAUCUCGUGUAUAUUUGACUUCCAUCCAUUCCGUGUUGGUAUAUCAAAGGUUCUUAGGUAGUUUCGUCAACUUUUGUGUUUAUGCGACAAGCCCUCUCUACAUUCUCGGCAAAACUACACGAAAUUUACCGAAUACCGGAGUUUAGAGAGAGUAUUCGUCUAUAUUUGUGUGAUCUUGUGUAUACAUCUACAGCAAAAGCAGAUAUUCUCGUGACGUCCAUCUCGUGCGAGCGUCUAUUUGCAUCUGAAAAAACCGGGAAUGUAGAGAGCCACUUUCGCCAAAGUUUGCCUCUCGGCAACCUACGGGAACGUUGAGCACUCUUAAUAAAUUAACAAAAAGAAACCUAAUAAAUAUUAUGUCAAUGCUAUAUAUAUAAUACUAGGUGGUACGGUAAUCAAAUAUUACAGAUACUUUGCGUAAUGCCUUUCAUUGCCCAAAAAUCCCAAAUAGACCACCGCUUUAAAGAAUCGCGCCAUGGCCCAUGUUAUCACCCGCUUGGUGAGGGCACCCUAGGGGGAAAAUUAAAUUAUCUACGUCGCAGAGACCAUCUGGCAACACUGCUAUUAAAACUUGUUGUCUUUAAUCGAUGACCAAUUGAUUUCAAUAUUCAGAUUUUAUUAUUCAAAUAUAUAUUUUAAUUGAACAGUCAUGGCUCGGCGAUAUUUGUUAUGGUUUGCGCAGGAGCAUUUGGACUUUCGUCAUGCGGUAUGUAAUGAAAUGCAUAGUAUUUUUUCUAUGCUAAAUAUACCUUUAAAGUUUAUUGAAAAUCCAUCAAUUAAUCUCCCCUAUUGGAUAGUGGAACUUCCUUCCGAAAUUUGUGCUAAGCAGAUAGCGUCAAGAUCUGUAUUAUUGAAAAAUUGUUUAGAAUUGUGGUCAAGGGCUAAGAGCGAAGCUAAGUUACACGAAAACUUAAAAAGUUCAGUAAAAAAUAAGUCUGGAAAAUGGAUAGUUACAAAUUCUAACAAUGAAAUAAGUGAAUCACAUAUUUGCCCAAGUGAACUUCUAGAUGCUGUUAGUGAUCCAAAUAAAACUUUCAAAGUGGAUGUUGAAACUUUCUGCAAGCAUUUUACUAUGAAGCAGAAAGUUGAAAAGAUUGAGAAUUUCAGUUAUUUACCUUUAGAAGGUGCAGUAAAUCUGAACAAACCAGAUGUUACAUUGUCUUAUAUUGAGUUUUAUGGAGUAGACCCUAAUAAUGUUCCGCAACAUCCUUGUGACUUAUUUUUUGGGAAAUGGAUAGCAGAUGGUCAAAGAGAUCUUAUAAAAUUUCACACUCUUAAAAAACGUGAAUUCAUUGGGAAUACAAGUAUGGAUGCUCAACUGUCAAUUAUAAUGGCUAAUCAGGCACAAGUAGCACCUGGUGAUGUGGUUUUAGAUCCAUUCGUAGGAUCAGGCUCUUUGUUGGUUUCUGCGGCACAUUUUGGAGGUUACAUAUGGGGAACCGAUAUAGAUUUCAUGAUGUUGCAUGCUCGAACCCGGCCCACAAGGGUAGGGCAAAAGGUAAGAAACAAAGAGGAAAGUAUAAGGGGAAACAUGAAACAGUAUGGUAUCAGGUCUCAGUACUUAGAUGUGCUGGUCAGUGAUUUUUCACGACCAUUGUGGAGACAGGACUUAAAGUUUGAUGCCUUAAUAACUGAUCCUCCAUAUGGUGUCAGGGAGCCAACAGAAAAGAUUGGUAUAGAGAAAGACAACUAUUCUUUAUCUGAGCAACAUUUAGAUAACCACAUACCAUCAAAAGUUGAAUAUGGCUUGCCGCACAUCUACAGUGACCUUUUGAACUUUGCUGCUCAACACUUGAGUAUUGGGAGAAGACUUGUGUGCUGGUAUCCUCUCGUAAGAGACGAAUAUUUAGAAGAGCAGCUCCCGUCCCACCCUUGUAUGCAGUUGGUGGGAAAUAGUGAGCAAGUUUUGUCCAAAAUGACGUCCAGGCGACUGCUAACGUACCAGAAGAUCAGCGACGAUAUCCCCAACAUGCCCCACGACCCUCACGGGGCUGCCCAUAACUUCAGGGACAAGUACUUUGCUGUAGGAGAAAUAUCGAGACGAGAAAAAAAAGAGAGACGAGCGGAGGAAAUAGCAAAGACUGCCUUCUACUUAAAGGCAAAACGGGAAGAAUGUAAAAAGGAAUAAAUUUUGUUACUGUUGUAUAAA